UAAUUCUGGUUAGAGAGUUAGUCAUUUCUAAAUUCUCUCUUCCUCUAUAAGAAUUUUCUCUCUGUAAAAUUCUCUCAUCAUGAAUAAAGCUACGUCUCCCAUCUUUCUGUUUCUCUAAAAUUCACAUGUAUCAGAGAAGCCAGGUUUUCUUUCUCGGAAUUACUCUGCACCUUCUUUUCUCAAAAUUUAGUUUCUGAAAUUUUUCAAGAAUUUCUCACAAAAAUGGCAAAAAACAGUGAAACUAGAUUUGAACAAACAAUUGAUCCUUCUCAGGAUCCUACAUCUCCAUUCUACCUUCAUCCUUCUGAUAAUCCAGUUACUUUUGCGGCUUUGGAGGACAAGUAUAGGUUGCUUAUGCAAAGGGUGAGAGCUAUGAAAUUAAUGGUAAAUAAUGAGUUCACAGAAUCGAGGUUGUGUCAGUUUGAGUGGGCUACAGAAUUAGAAGCCAGUGAAGGAGUUAUUGCUAUAUCAAGGCUCAAGCUGGUAGAUGAAGCCAAGUCUAUUGCAGAAAGCAUCCAGAAAAUUCUCAAUGAAGAAAGUCAUUUGGAAUUGAUCAAAGGGAUUCCUAUACUAACUAUGAGUGAUAGAUACAGGAAAGAUCGGGAUGACAUUUUGGAGUACUUUUUAUCUCCCAAGAGCAUGCUACAACAUACGGCUCCAUAUGUGGCUCAUAAGAGGAGGUUGGAGAAAGCUCAAAAACUUCACCAGAAUCUUGCUAAAGAGUUCCGAGCAACAUUUGCUGCACAGUUCACAGCACAUGAUCAGAUAGGAGGGGGUAAGAAGUUGGUGAUGGUGAGGGAUGAAGAGGAGUAUGACAGGGUGGAAUUUGAGAUUGAUAGUCAAGGCUUAGCAAAUCCAGAUUUCUUGAUAAUUCCGGCACUUCCAGAUAAUCUUGAGCUACUGUCCAAGGCUAUUAGAGAAGGCAAUAGGGUCUUGCUUUAUUUAAAGCGAGACAAGUAGAGGGGCAUAAUUUUUUUUUUGAUGUGGCAAGAAAUGUCAACACUUCCGUUUCUAUUUCCAUUUCUCUUUUGUAUUAAACUGGGAAAAAUAAAAAUAUCUCUGAUGAUUUUGUGCUGGCUUUGCA